UUCUAAGUAUUGAUUAAUUUAUCGUUGGGUUUUUGUUAAAUACGUAUUUCUCGUGUCACUUUCCAAGAACACUAAAUAGUUCUGAGUUUAAAAAAUCUAAGAACCCUCACAUGAGUCAUUAUCAAAAAUUUCCUCAGCCUUCUUCCUUCUUCCUGACUAUUUGAAGAACAAUCCAUGUGAGAUUAUGUACUUGAAAAGCUUGAGUGUUUUCACAAAUCCAAACGCACGUUGUCGAUACUUACGACUGCGGAUUCGGAGGCCGUCGGGAAGCAUCGAGCUACCUCGAUACCAGACCUUAACACCUAACAUCAAUAGACCAGCAUUCAACUUCCCUUUCUUCGGAGGUUCAAACUCAGCAACCAGCAUAGCUCAAUCUGUCGCAUCAGGAAACAGUUCUGCCUCAGCUUUAUCUCAAGCGAACGCAUCGGGAGGAAAAGCGAAUGCUGCGGCAUUGUCGGUUGCUAAUGCAUCUGGAGGAAAUGCGAAUGCAGCGGCGUUAUCGAGCGCAAAUGGAAGCAACGGGAACGCAGCCGCUAUUGGUAUGUAUUGUUAA